AUGGAUCUUCCCUGUCCUAAAUGGAUGAAACACGUUGAGCAGAAAUGGACCGGACUAAGUGCAGAGACUAGACAGAGUUUCACAGUUCUUGAUAAAACUGAUGAAAUGUUCCAGUUUGGAUUAUCACAAAUAAAUCAAGAAGACCUUGAAAUUUUGACAGAUGUCUCGGGGGACUACGGUGCGCAGAAGUCCCCAGAAUCUGCAGGGAGGUUCAGGGAGCAAGGCAAUAGGAGCUUUAAAGCCAGGGAUUACGCUGCUGCAGCUCUACUCUAUUCUAAGGGUAUAUGCCAUGCCACGAAGGGCACAGAACAGUUAGCCCUGUGCUAUGCUAAUCGCUCAGCUGCCUUGUUCUAUCUCUCUCUAUAUAAGGAAUGCCUUGCUGACAUCUGUCGGGCUCUUGACGAAGGCUACCCUGGUCACCUUCGGCAUAAACUCUCCGAGAGACGGACUCAGUGUCUGAAUCGCCUCAGAGAGCAGGGACGGGAUCCAGAGGUGAAUGGGACAGAAAAUGUUUUGGUAAACACAGACUUUCAGACAGCACAGGGGGAGGAGGGGGCAGAUGCGGUCUCCUACGUAUCCCCUGACGUGUCUGUCUGCCUCAACCCAGGGAAGGGCCGUCACCUGCUCGCCAGAGUGGAGAAACCAGCAGGGGAGGUGGUACUCGAGGACACAGCUUACAGCUCUGUUCUCAUACCUGGGGAGGGAAGAUGUACCGAGGGGGAGCGCACCAAAAGGACUGCGUUUGGUACAGAGGACAGACACUGUCACCACUGUUUAAGUCAUAGUCUGAACCCCAUCCCGUGCGCAAGCUGUAGCUACGCCCGUUACUGUGGGGAAAGAUGCCAGAGAGAGGCGUGGCAGCAAUACCACUGUUGGGACUGUCCAAUCGGUAGCGAGCUUUUGGCUCUGGGGGUGCUUGCACAUCUCUCGUUAAGGGUGGCAUUGAAAGCCGGGUUGAAGGAGGUCCAGAAAGCGCGAGGGAAUGCAGUUACCCCAAAGAACGACGUGCACGAACCAACCAAAGAAAACUUCUUAAAUGAGGACAAAGAUGGUGGGGAGGGUCUCAGCACAAAGUUUCCAAGUGGUCAGAAGAGCCCAGCGUCGGAGGUGCCUUUUGGGGGAAAUUCCCUGUCAGUCACCUGCAGUCAAUGCCACGACCACUCGAGCUGUUACCACGAAUCAUAUUUGGGCGUCUACAGCCUGUUACCACAUGUAACUAAACAGGCACCCAGCCUACGCUUCCUAUUGGCCGUUACCAUGGGAGUGUUGUAUCAGAGACUACAAAAGGUGGGGCCACCACCGGCGUCAUGGGAUUCCACUGGCCAGGGAGGAGGUUGGGCUCCAGAGAUGACCAUGCUGGGAGCUACAGCACUCAGACACAUGAUGCAGCUCAGAUGUAAUGCUCAGGCCGUCAGGACAGUAAGAGUCUCAGAUGAGACAGGAAGUUCAGUGCAGUCCAGUCAGGAAAUACGGGUCGCCACGGCGAUCUUCCCAGUCCUCAGUCUGCUGAACCACUCAUGUUCUCCAAAUACAAGCCUUACAUUUACCACUGACUUACCGUCUGAACCUUCGAAGACUACCGAUUCUGAUGGUCCAGAAACCAAAUCCGUGAUCUCUCAUACUAGCCCAGGCAUAAGAGUCGUCGUCCGGACCUCCAGAGAUGUCGCUGCAGGACAGGAGCUACUGCAUUGUUAUGGACCUCACUACAGCAGAAUGGAGGUUUGGGAGCGUCAGCACCUCCUGCAGGAGCAGUACUUUUUCCACUGUCAGUGCCAGGCAUGCCAGCGCGAAACCGGAUCGAGCAGCAAGACUCAAGAGCCUGCAGCAGCCAGGGGGUUCAAAUGUUCUAAAUGUGAAGGCCCCCUACAGUCUGAUGGAGAUGGUUCUCUGUGUCUGCGGUCAUCGUGUGGUCACUUUGUGUCUAAAACUGACAUGGAAUGGAGACUUCAGAGCAUACGACAUCACCUGGAUCGAGGGGUGCAGUCCUUAGAGAUGGACAGAGCGGAUGAGGCCCUUGGGAUUUUGAAGGAAGCAUCUGCUCAAGCGGACAGUAUCCUGGAGAGGACCCACCCGUUACAGGGUGAACUGGCUGAUACAGUGGCCCGAGCUUAUGCCACAAUGGGAGACUGGAGCAGGGCUGCGGUCCAUUUGAGGAGAAGCGUGGAAGCAGUUCGCUCACAGUAUGGAGAAAACAGCGUAGAACUGGGACGGCAGCUCUUCAAAUUAGCGCAGCUCCAUUUUAACGGAGGGGACGCCGGAUCUGCGAUGUCUGUCAUUCCCGCAGCGCGAUGCUCGCUCUCUCUGCACUGCGGUCCACGCUGUGAGGAGCUGCAGGAGCUGCAGGCCAUGGAGGACUGUUUGAGAGGUGUACUGUGA